AAUAAGAGAUGAGUUUGUAUGUUAGGAACAUGAAAGAGAUUAGAGAGGGUAAAGAUGUCAGAAGGGGUAGAGACUUGACAUGAGCCUACAUAGGAUAUGGGAAGAGAUUGCCCCCAGAGGAUGAAGAAUCUGAGACGGAAUCUGAAACUAAAUCCAACAAUGUCUCAAUUCUUGAAUAUCCACAAACUCCAUCACCACUGUAUAUCGAAAACAAGAUAACACUUGCAGAAAUGAUUGCACGAGGUAUAGUGGUGAUGCUUCGUGAAAGCCCAAAAAGUCAAAUCGUACAAGAGGUGAAGCAUACCGAGGUUCCUGUCUCGGAAUCGCCUUCACCCGCUGCACUAGAAAUGUUGGGGGAACCCAUCCUCCUAACAUGUGUUGAAGACACUUCUCCAGAGGAACCUGUUCUGGAGAAAUCCGAGCCCACCACCGACCCCCUUGAUUCCGAUAAUGAUGAGUUUGACGAAUCUAUAGACGAUAAAAUACUUUGUGAUGCUGAACCCAUUCCGUCUAUAGAAACUAUCACUGAACACUCAAGGGAAAGACAUGUUGUAAUCAUCGAGCGAGCAACUGAAAGUCAGCCCAUUGAAGACUGGGAAAGUCAGAUCCUGGCACUAAAGGCCAAUGAUGUGGAUACACCGAGGAGACUCCCACCACCAUCCAUCGACGACAAGUCUCCUCCAUUUUUCCUGUUGCCACCACGCCGCAGGAAUGAGUCAAAGAUCCUGGACUUUGACUACAAAAGAACAGAACAAAGGUGACAUCAGAACAGAGUCAAAAAGGUCAAACUUUAUGACUCUUGGAUCGGUGAAGCUUGGAAAUAGGAAUGCUGGUGAACCAUUUUGACUCAACAAAAAAAAUAAAUGACUAACUUUUGU